AGUGUGCUCUACUGUUGUUACUGCUGCUGAAACCACUGCGACAGCGGUCCGUGGAAAAGAAGAGGGCAGAAAAAAAAAGGUGUCGAAGUGCCCGCUUCUGCGGCCUGGGCCCCAGGCUGCCACCCCACUAGCCGCGGUUCUGUGAGAGUGAAGAACGAACAAAACCGAAACAUUCUAUGGCGCCCGUCAAUUGCUGGAUCCUGGCCUUGGCCGUAGCCUGCGCGCUUUUUCAAGGCUGCGUGCAGGGACAGUUCCUGAGGCGGUUCCGAAGCUGCGUGCUGCCGCACGAGAGACGGGCGCGGCUGUGGGAGCGAAACGAGCAGUACUGCAGUGCCGGCCGCCAUCUGGAGUACCGGCGCCGGUCCCAACGCUGCAUUUGCCAGCCCGGCUACUACCGUGACGAGGAGACCAACAACUGCUACGACGCGAGGCGCUGUGGCCAGUGCGACAGCUCCAAGCACGAGCGCUUCAGUAGCUGCACGAACGACUGCGAGUCGGUUUGCGGCAAGCCAGUGAUACAGCAGUGCGACAAGCCCUGCGUACCUGGCUGCGAGUGCAUGAAGGGAUACAUCAGGAAGUACAAGAAAGGACCCUGCGUCCCAAUCCAGGCCUGCCCGCCGAAAUGUCCAGCUUACAUGACAUUCGAGAUGAACCGCGAACGCUGCCCUCGCGUGUGCAACGUGGCUCGCGAAGACAGCUGCUCAGAGACAAACGAAGGACCUGGCUGUGCGUGCAAGAAAGGCUUUGUCCUCAGGGCACCGUUUGGCACCGUUCGCACUCGCGUGUGGUGCAUACACGAAUCCAUGUGUACUUUCCCUGACGAAGACAAAGGCUCUGACGCAAAAGCCGAAGUGAAGGGGGUCCAAAGUGUUAAAGGAAAAGGGGGGGCAGCGAACAGUUUCUGGGGCUCGAAUCAGGGCCAGCAUGGCUGGGAAGAGUCUGGGCCUAAAAAAAUUGAUGACUUGUUUCCUGGCGGCAAGGGAUUUCCUCCUCUCGGAGACUUGGGUCACAAGGAAGCGCAAGGCUUGCAAAUGGAUCAACAAAAAGUUCACCUCAGUGGUGGUCAAAAUGCCCAGGCAAAAGUUCCGGGCAGUGACAACAUCUGGGGCUGGAACAAGGGUCAACCUGGCGUAGAAGGUUCGGUAGCUCAACAAAUCGACGACGAUUUGUAUCAGGACACUAAGGGAUUUCCUCCCAUUGGAGGCUUGGGCAAGAAAAAAGGUCAAGUAGAAAAUCUCGGUCAGGAAGAAAUUGGCGUGAAGGGUGGUCAAGAAAAUCUAGGAACCGGAAUUAUUGGAAACGGCAACUUCUGGGGAUGGAACAAGGGCCAGCAUAAAAUGGACGAAGACUUGUAUCUCGAUGUGAAUCGGUUUUCUAACCUCGGGAACCUGCGUCAGACAGCUGGAAAAGGCUCACAGUUUAGUCAACACGAAGUUAGUUUCAAUGGGGGCCAAAGUGAUCACGAAAGGCAUGUUUCGGGCAGUGGCCAUUUCUGGAGCUUGAAUAAGAACCAACAUGGUUUGGAGGAUUCCGCAUCUAAACAACCUGACAAUGAUUUGUAUCAGGGUGCUAAAGGAUUUCCUUCGGUAGGACAAUUCGGUCUCAAAAAUGGUGAGGCCUCAGUGUUCAACCCUGACGAAAUCGGUUUUAAGGGUGGACAAAGUGGCCAGAAAGGAGGAGCUUUAGGUAGUGACAAUAUUUCGGGCUCAAACAGGGGCGAGCAUGGCUUUCAAGAAUCCAUACUUAAACAGAACGAUAAUAACUUGUAUCUGGGCGCUAAAGGAUUCCCUGCGCUUGGAAACCUCGGUUACAAAAAUGGUCCAACCUCGGCGCUGAACCCAGAUGAAACCCUUGAGGGAGGGCAAGGUAUUGAGGCAGAGGGAGCUUCUGCUAGCGACAAUACUUGGGGCUUGAACAAGGGGCAAGCUGGCUUGAAACAAUCUGCGCCUGAAGAAAGCAAUAACCUGUUUCUGGGCACUAAAGAAUUUCCUUCUCUAGGAGAUUUGGGUCAUACAAAAGGUCAAGGUUCACAGCUGCUCCAAGAUUUGUUUUUGGGAGGCAAACACGAGGGUACUUCUGGUCAGCGGAACAAAAUUCACGAUGGCCAAGAACUUUUAGGACUUGGAGCCCUGCCAGACGAGAAAGGUCAGAACAUUGACAUGGAUGAUUGGUUAUCAGGGCAACAAGGUACUGACGCCAUCCCUGAUUUAAACAAAGGUCAGGAAGGUGACGAAGGGCUUAUGUCGUCGAAGGUAGUUGAGAAUUGGGUUCCCGAUGAAGGACAAUUGCAGAAAGGGGGCAGUAAAAAAGGAGGCCUACCCAGUAGCAUAAAAGGAGCAAGCAAUAUCCCCGGUGUCGGACUACCAGUGGGGAAACUUCCUAACAUAGGAAAAUUAGGCGGAAAUGGCUUUCCAGGUGGUAUUCCCGGUGUCGGAACACCAGUAGGGGAACUUCCGAAUAUUGGAGGCGCUAGCGCAAAGGGCAUGCCGUUCGGUGGGCACUUAAUAUCCCAAACGGUGAGCAAUGACAACUCUCCUGGACAAAUAGAAAUAUUAAGCCAUGGCGUAAAAGGUGCGAAAGGAGGUCCGCUUCACGGUGGCAUAGGGCAGAAAACAGGCUCUGUUGAUUGGGCGCAACAAAACGAGGCCUUCUCAUCGCAUCCAGAGUUUCCAAAAGCAACCGUCUCUGUUCCUCUUUCUGCUUCUACAUCUAGUUUCCUUAAUCAACAAAGUCAAAACACACAUUUCAUAGGCCAAGGCUGGCAAACGCGUCACACCAACACAGCUCAACCUGAUGCCGUAGACUGGCCGAAACAAAAUGAGCCAUCGCCAAGGCUUCCAGAGUUGCAGAGGGCAACUGCUUCUUUUCCUUUCUCUGGUGCCACUGUUACUUCCACUAAUCAACGAGCAGAAAGCACAAGUCUCCCCGAUUUCACAGGUCAAGGCUGGCAAGCAGGUCGUGCUAACAUAGCACAACCUGGUACGGUUGAUUGGAUGCAACAAAGAGAGCCGCUGUCAGGAAUUUCACAAUUUCAGAGAGCAACGACUCCUGUUCCUCUUUCUGGUGCCACAUUUGACUCCCUUAAUCAACAAAAUGAGGGCAUGGGUUCCACAGGCCAAGGAGCGCAAAUGCUUCGAAGUAAAAUGGCGCAACCUACUGCCGUUGAUUGGACGCAACAAAGAGAGCCUUUUUCAGGAAUUUCACAAUUUCAGAGAGCAACGGCUCCUGUUCUUCUUUCUGGUGCUACUUUUGGUUCCCUUAAUCAACAAAAAGAGAGCAUGGAUUCCACAAACCAAGGAACGCAAAGGCGUCGUGGUAACAUGGCGCAACCUAGUGCCGUUGAUUGGACACAACAAAGAGAGCCAUUGUCAGGAAUUUCACAAUUUCAGAGAGCAACGGCUCCUGUUCUUCUUUCGGGCACUACUUUUGGUUCCCUUAAUCAACAAAAAGAGAGCAUGGAUUCCAAAAGCCAAAGCGCGCAAAUCCGUCAAAGUAGCUUGGCGCAACCUAGUGCCGUUGACUGGAAGCAACAAAACCAGCCGCUGUCAAUGCUUCCAGCGUUUCAGGCAUCGGUGGCUUCGGUUCCUCUCGCUGGUGCCACUGUUGCCUCCAUUAAUCAGAAAAAAGAAAGCACGGAUUUCACUGGCCAACGCUUGCAAACACGCCAAGUCAGUGUGGCUCAGCCCGGAAUGUUUGACUGGACGCCACAAAACGGUGCGCUCUCAACGCAUCCAGAGUUUCAAAGGCAAACUGCUUCUGUUACUUUUUCAGGUCCCAAUUUUGGUUCCCCCAAUCAACAAAAACAAAGCACGGACUUUACAGACCAACGUUCUGCACCUUUUUCUGCUACCACUUUUGGUUCCCUUAAUCAACAAAGCACGCAUUUCCAAGGCCAUGUCUCUCAAACGCCUGACGCCAGUAUAGUUCAACCUGAGGUGGUUAAUUGGACGCCACAAAACGAACAGCUGUCAAGGUUUCCAGAAUUUCAGACGGCAACGGCUUCUGUUCCUCGUUCCGGUGCCACUGUGACCUCCAUUGCUCAUAAAAAUAGAAACACAGAUUUCACAAGCCAGGUCUUGCAAACGCGUCACAUUAGCAUCACGCAACCUGGUAGGAUUGAAUGGGUGCAUCAGAACGAGCCGCUCUCAAGCAUUCCUGAGUUGCAGAGAGAAACGACUUCUGUUCCUCUUUCUAGUGUCACGGUUGCUUCCAAAAAUAAUCAAAACCAAAACACGGAUUUGACAGGCCAAGCCUCGCAAACGCAUCAUGGUAGCAUGACAGAACCUGGUGCUGUAAAUUCGACAAAGCAAAACGAGCCACUUUCAAGGCUUCCGAGAGCAACGGUUUCGGUUCUGAAUUCUAGUGCCACUGUUCCUCCCAAAAAUCAACAAAAAGAAAAGACAGAUUCGACAGGCGUGGGCUCGCAAAAUCAUCAUGGUCACAUGACAGAGAAUAGGACGCAACAAAACAAGCCGCCAUCACACCUUCCAGAAUUGCAGAAAGCCAAGACUUCUGCUGCUCUUUCUGGCUCCAUUGUUGCUUCCAAGGAUCAUCCUAAAAAUUUGACAGGACCAGAUUUGAAAACGCGUCACGGUAGCAUGAAGCAAACUGGUACAGGAAGCAUAAAAACUGGAGAAAGCACGGCCGGAGUUGUGACUAACCGAAAAAGAAACACAGGCUACACCAUUUUUCCCUCAGGAAUGCAACUAGGUAGAAACAUUUUCGGUGGCCAGCCGAAUAUGUUUUCCGCAGGCAGCUUAUUUCAGUAUUCUUGGCCCGUAGUAGGUACUGGUCAGCUUUCAGCUGGAAACUAUCCAAGUGGCUAUGGAGUUUACGAUGCACUAGGACAACCAUUCUAUGGACACAGUGUGAUACCGAUUGGAUAUCCAAUGUUUUACCCCAGCAGUUAUGCCCCAAUGACAAAUAUUUGGGGCCAACGCAUGGGGACAGUGGAUGACCUGCCAGCUCAGCAGCGCCGUGCCAUGGAGAGUGAGAGUCCGUCUUCACCAACCUCUCUGGCUGACCAGAACGCUCAGCAAGGGCAGAUUCAAGUUGCACGAGGAGGAGGAAAAGGAGGCGGUGUUACUGGUGUGAAGCAUAAAAUGCCUGUUGGUAAUGUGCCAGCAGAAGAAAAUUACGCUUUUGAUGACCGUAGUCUGGACUCCUGGUACCAUGUAGCUGGGUGGUCGCCAUGACGCAAACAAACCAUGGCGCAAACACCCCCCUGUAGGAUUGAAAUGCCGGCACCAAGCCAGUUGGUCUCGUCAGACUUCUAAUUGUUGUAUGAUGGCGGCUCUCUUUAGUACACAGCCCUAUUUUCUUUAAAAGUUGGUAGGAAAGGAGCUUGUAUGCCUACAGUACUGUAGUUAAAUGUAACAGACUAGACUAACAAGCUUGGUGGUGAGCACUGCUCUUAAGAAAUGGCCAAGGACACUAGAAACUUUUCCUAAUAAGUUCCCAUUUCAAUACCAUUGGUUAACAUUUCUGAUAUAUCUAGAGAGCAGUUGAAUCACGAAGUGCUAAUAUUUUUUAAAGUAUCGCGCGCGAGGCAUCGGCAUUAAUGAUUGAAAAUGGCGAUGUGCGUAUGGAUCCUCGUAGCGCGAAAAGCGAUGUCGGUUGGUUUUAGCAGUUGAGAAAGACACGCAAAUAUUAUGAGAUAAAGUUAACCUUAAUGGCAUCAUUUUUGUGAACUUUCUUGUGGCAUGUUUCCUGUUACAAAUACCAGGAUGCCUUCUUUUAGCAAUAACAGUACCCGUUCCAUUGAUGUGGCCUCGGGGCCCUAUCGUUUUGUUUAUUACAAGCACUCGGUGCUUCUAUGCCCUCCUCCAAAUUUUUAAAAGCUUGGUAAGGUUUUAUCGACUUCUUUUUGAAUAACUGCUUUUCAUGUAAGUAGCAAUUUGUGAGAUGUAGUGGGUAAGGCUAGUUAGCGUGAUGACCUGCCGGAGCCAACAUGAUGCAUCCACCGCCUAGAAGCUUAGUUGUUUUGCCAUGUUAGCGCCGCCUUCAAGCGCUCAUGCUGCUGUUGUCUCAGGAACUCGUCUGCAAAGAAGAAAAGCUUCAUGGCACGCGGUUAUCUUUAAAGUCAUAUAUAGUCAUUUUCACAUAAUGAGAACAGGUAUAUACUGUUCAUGGCUUCACAUUUAUUCGUGUCAUACGGCUUACUCAUGAUCAAAGUAACCAAAUUUCGAAUGUGCUGUGAACGCUGCGCACAAGCUAUUUAUGUGCGAACAAGUCUUUAUGGUGAAUACCUCAGGUACCAGAUACAUUUUCAUGUACAGUCAACACGUUUCAGUCAACAGCAGUGGCUUCUUCAGAGAACGAUUUAAAUGAUUAUCUAGAAAAAGCAGUAGCAGCACCUUAAAGAGAGUUUUUCUGCCACACUUCAGGUCAGGUUAAUGUGCAGUAGCCUGCUCCAUAACAGUUGUCAAAAUAGAACCGAGAGUAGCAGAUAUCACUAAUUUUUGUUUGAAUCAUUUGACACAUGCUGCAACCACGUAAUCAAACCCAUGCAUCGCAUCAGCUUGUGCAUUUUUGUCGCACUUUUGGAAAGCGCAACUUUCUAUAGGGGACCCAAAGGUGUGCGGCAGAAGAAAAAUCUUGGUCUCCUGAAAGAGUACAGGCUUAUUGACACACAAAUACAAGAUAUGGUCCGCACUACAUUCGCACAUUUGGGGAGUGGUCUUAUUGUAACUUCCGUUAGUCUCAAGACACCUAGUUAGUUCGUAUGCCUUGUAUUGUUACUGGCGUAAAUAACGCAAUCACAUCGCAUCAUUUAUAGUAUAUACCUUAAUAUAUAAUAAGGCAUUGUAGAAAUAUAAACACCAUAUAAAAGACUAUCAUACUUUCAGCAUCCGUUACCAUGAUUA